AUUUUUUUAACAAAUAGAAAUUUGAUUGAACUCUUGUUUAACAUUUUAAAAUGGUUUCUAAAAACAUUGCUGAAAAUUUUUUAAAGUCGACUCAAAAAUUAGCAUUCGACGUAAAAAAUUAUUUUCUUGGUAAAUCAAAUGAGGAAAAUUAUGAAACGAUGUCGUUAAAUAGCUUACGAAAGAAGUCUAUUCUUAAAAGUAGUGUUAAGGUAAAUACUCCAAAUAUAAUAGUAGACUUUGAAAAAACGAACGAAAAAACACCUAUUGACAGUUCAAGGAACCUAAUAGUAGAUCCAGAUAACUUGUUUCGGAAAGGACCUAUACCAAUUGAAAAGCUGAGCUUUAAAGAUCAAACUCAUCUUUCAUUAAAAGCAUGUUUAAAAGAAAUGAAUGACAAUGAAAAAAGUUUGUCUAGUGUAAGAGAAGCAUCAGAUCCAGCAAGCGAAAUGCUGCUUCAUUAUUUUGCAAGAUUGGGGAAUGGAGCAGAUGAUGAGGACACUGUAAAUUUGCAAUUUGUCAAAGCACUGUUAGACGAAGGAGCCAGCCUUAACUUUACAGAUUGUUACGGUCAAAGUGUUUUUUUUGCUAUAGUUCGAGACUGGCAUGUUAAUGUAGCGAGUUUUGCAAUCGAAAGAAGAGCUGAUGUUAAUCACAAGGACAAAUACGGUCGAACUCCACUUCAUCUUGCAGCAGCUAUAGAUUACUCUGCAAUGAUAGAGGUUCUUAUCAAAAAUGGAGCUUUAAUUGAUGCUGUAACCACUGGUGAAGAACAAUCAGCAUUGCAUUAUGCUGCACGGUAUAAUGCUAUACAUUCAAUAGAGGUUCUUAUUAGUCAUGGCGCCAAACUAGAUAGUGUUGAUUUUUUAUUGAGAACACCUCUUCAUGUAGCUGUAGAGUUUGGUAGUCAUAAAGCUGUAAAAUAUUUUUUGGAAAUAGGAGUCCCGGUUGGUACAUAUGAUAGUUAUGGGAAUUCAGCAGUUGGUUUAAUGGUAGAGAAAUUGCCAUCCUGUACAUAUGAAGCUAUGAAUCAGUUUAUUGUAAAUAAUAAUUCAACACGAAAAAUCUAUUAUUACCUUGAUUGUCUGCAAUUCGAUGUAAAAUUUGCUACAAAAGUAUCUAAAUCUGUUCUUCAGAUGGUUGUUAUGCACAAUAGAAUUGACCUAAUAAUGCAUCCUGUUUUACAAAAGUUGUUAAAUGUGAAUUGGAAUUUGUUUGGCAGACGCCAUGCAGUCAUUAGUAAUUUUUGGAAUGUUUUAUAUACAAUGCUGGCAACAAUUUUAGUCUAUUCAAUACCAUUUACUUCAUAUGAUCAACAAUAUUCUCCACCAAAGGCAAAAGCAUGGAAGAUUGUUAUUGCUUGUGUAUUUUUUGUUUUAACUUUUUACUUUUUGAUCAAGCAAUUAUGGUCAGUUGUUCAAAAUACAAAAUGUAUCAAUGACUACAAAAACUACAAAACUACAAGGCUCAAAAAGCAGAAGCAAUAUUUUCAUCCUGCAUGGUUUGAAGAGCAGCAGUUCUUUGAAGAAGAGUAUAAGAGAAUUAGCCAUCUUUCAGCAAAUAUAUGGAAUGAUCUUUGGAAUAUUUUUGAGUUUAUGCUUGUUGUGGUUGUCUUGUUAACAUAUAUUUUGCAUAUUAUAAAUAUAAUUAAACCAAAUAUGAGACUUUUUAGAGCUGCUAACUAUGUAUCUUGCAUAAUGCUUUUGUUUGUUUACUUUCGACUAUACAAAACUUUGAGAAUUUUUUCAAUAUUUUCAGUUUUCACAGUUCUCUUAGGACAUGUUCUCGAGGAACUGAUUCGUAUUCUAUUGCUCUUCUUAGACUUUUAUGUUCCCUAUUUGUUUAUAAUUUUUAUGCUUUUCGGAGGAAAGAAUGGCUACAAACAAGAAGGAGAAUUAAAUGAUAGUGGCUUAAAAAACUUUGAUGAUGUGGCUUACAAUAUGUGGUUGAUAAUAUUUGGGAAAUCAUAUCCUCAUAAAUCGCUUGAAGAAACCAACAUAUAUGUUUCUCAGGUUGCAUUUGGUCUAUAUUUUAUACUGAUGACUGUUUUUUUUAUAUACAUAUAUAUUGGACGAUUAAAUCAGGUAUUCUGCAACAUACAUCAACAAACCCUUGCUACUUCUAAUAUGAUGUUUGCAUCUAUUAUGGUCAAUGAAGAGAAUAGUUUAAAGUUAAAAGACAAAAUGAAGCAAAAGAAAUUUUUGCGCCAUUUUUGUGGUCCUAUGGAAGUCAAUUAUGAGAGCACUUCUAGACAAGUAAAUGAAGAAAAUCAAAGUUCUAAAAUUCACAUUGAUCAUAUUGUGACGAGUGUAGACAAUAUUUCGGCGUUUCUCUCAAAGAGCAAUCUGAAAAAGAAAAAGAAAAAUACCAUUAAUUUAGAAAACUUUUCAAUUUUCAACACAGAAGUGCAAAAGCUAACCCAACGCCAACAGGAAAUGGAACACGAGUUUAGUGAAUUAAAAAAACGUGUUGCAACUGAGCAGCAAAAAAGUUUAGAUUCCAUUAAAGAAGCUGUAGACGCACAUUUAAACGAAGCUGCAGCAAAUAAAAGAAAGUUGGAAAAAGAAAGUUAGUAGUAAAAAUAAUCGGAUAUAAAAUCGCAAAUUAAAUUAGAACGUUUAAUGAAAACUCUUUAUCCAGGGAUAACUCUAAAAUCAUUCAAAAUUGUUUUAUGAGAGAAAUAAUAUUACAUUAGUUAUUUGUGUCAUAAAAUAAACUUAGUCGAUGUUA